CCAACCCACUUGAUUUUGAAGAGGCCCAUCAAAAUAACAAUGCUGCUUUGGGUUUGUAUGUUCAGAAACAAGUUAGAUUGGAAACGCACUGAGCUCAACCGGCCGGAAAAAUCAGUCAGAGUUGGUCGUCCGCCGCCAGAAGCAAGAGUAGGGUUGUUGUGAAAUGGGUUGGAAAGCAGCUGAGAAACUCAUUAGGCAUUGGAAAGUUGUCAGAGGGGACAAUGUUAUGAUAAUAAGAGGCAAAGAUAAGGGUGAGACCGGGGUGAUUAAGCGUGUUGUUCGCUCUCAGAAUCGUGUCAUUGUUGAGGGUAAAAAUCUGGUAAAGAAGCAUAUCAAGCAAGGGCAAGGUCAUGAAGGGGGUAUCUUUACUGUUGAAGCCCCAAUCCAUGCCUCUAAUGUGCAAGUUCUUGAUCCAGUUACAGGGAAGCCUUGCAAGAUUGGAACUAAGUAUCUUGAAGAUGGUACGAAAGUCAGAGUGUCUAGGGGAAUAGGAGCGUCUGGGUCAAUUAUCCCUCGUCCAGAGAUCUUAAAGAUAAGAGUUACACCAAGACCUACAGUUGCUGGUCCAAAAGAUACUCCAAUGGAACUUGUAAGGGAGAAGACUUAUGAUGCUAAAACAGGAAGGGGAAUGCCUGAACUUUAAGUAAGGAGAUAGUUAUAUUAGGGUAAUCUCCACUUCCGGUAGCCAUAUGAUUAAUCUCUUGAAGAUAGAUGUAGGUAUCAGUUAAGGGGUAACUCUUUUCUCAACGGAUGCAUUUUUAUUUCCAUCACCAGAAUUCAAACCCUGGACUUAAGGUCAAAGUCCAAGCUACUCCUUUAGUGAUAUAAUUAACUGAGAGCUCUUCCAGUUGUCUUUGAUUUGAAUUAGCUUGUAUUUUUUGAAGAUGUAUGUUGUAUGUUACCUUCAAUUUGUUGGAAACUCUUUCAUCCAUCGUCAUCAAACUUCAAGUUGCACGAAAUUGGUAAACUGAUAUUUUGUGGAUGAUUGAAGUCACUGUUCUAAAAUCAAAUUGAAAGCAGGUUUUUUUUUUUUC